GUAUCUUUGCUGUAUGACCUGUAUAUACAAAUUUGUUCUUAAUUCUUUACUGUAUAAUAAAGAUGGCGAUGGAUGACACACAGUUUCAUGUUCAGCUUACGGCUAUCCUAGAUACGCUGUUGAAAAAAGCUGUUACAGAUAUCUGCGCGCUUGCUGACAAGUGGAAUUCUUCUUUGCAAAUGGAAAUAACCCUGAGCAAAUCCGAGAACGAGGAUUUAAAGCGCAAACUGCAGAUUAUGGAGGAGAAUCUCUCGCACAGAGUGGGAUUGAAUGGGUUUGGAGAAAAUCCGAACACAAAUACCAAACUCUCACAGAGCGGUAGUGCGGAUUGUUUUAAAAAACUCUACGAGUGUGGACAAAGGACAGUGGAGAGUGAAAGGUAUCCUAAAGGAGGUCAAUGGGACUGGAGCCCUGUGUUGGCAGGAAUAAAAGAGGAAGAGAUGGAGAUAUCCAUUACUGGAAGAGCAGAGGGUAGACUGGAUGCAUCCACUGAUAUAGUUCAUACUAUUCAUCAUACACAUACAAACCACCACAUUUCAGAACUCAAGACUGAAUCUGAGAGCAUUACUGAGCAUGGGUCCCAAAACCCAGAAGCUGAGUGCAAUGAAGGCAUCACCGUAGACUGUGAAGAUGAGACUCAGGACUCUGUGGCUGAGGAUGGAGAGCAUAAGGCUGAGCAUCAGAGCACUCAAAAUAUCCAACUCUCUCCAACAACAGAAGGGAGCGAAGAAGAGGAGGAGGAGGAGGAGGAGGAGGAGGUAUCAGAGGGGGGGGAUGAUGAGAGAACCAACGUGCAAGAACAGUGUGAUAUCUCACACUUAGUGACACCUAGUCUACUUGACGACACAGCUUUGUUUAACUCAGAAUCUACUAGCUCAAAUUGCAAUGUACUUGUAAUACUGGAAGGAAAUGCUGACCUAUCCACACCAGCCUCAAAAACUAAACAUUCUGAUGCAUCUGAGACAACUGUUGGUCAUUCCAGUGGUAAGAAAAAGAAAGGACCUAGAUUUAUUUGCAAUAUCUGUGAAAAAAGUCUUUCAUCAAAAUAUUCACUUACUGUUCAUUACACACUACAUACUGGAGAUAGACCAUAUGCCUGUGCUCAGUGUGGAAAGAGAUUUGUUAACAAAACUAACCUACAGAUCCACCAGAAUAUCCACACAGGUGCAAAACCAUAUGUCUGCACUCUCUGUCCAAAGUCAUUUAGUGAUCCAAGCCCUUUUGGAAGACAUAAAAGGAUGCACAGCAGAGAAUUACAACAGAGCAACCACAGUCCAAAAUGUAAAUUUAUUUGUAAUAUCUGUGGGAAAAGCCUUUCAACAAAACAAGGAUUAACGUACCACCUUACAAUGCAUACUGGCGGAAGGCCCUUUACUUGUACUUGGUGUGGGAAAAGUUUUGUUCAAAAACAUAACUUAAAAAUUCAUCAGAAUAUCCACACUGGUGCAAAACCCUAUGCCUGCACACUGUGCUCAAAGUCAUUUGCUGACCCCAGCAGUCUUAAAAAACAUAAAAGACUGCACAUGUAGUAGGUAUCAAAAAAUUAGUUGCAAAUAACAGGAGUGGACUAAUACAUUUGGAAUUUCAGAAAACUGACAUGACAUUUUAAAACAAAUCAUGCACUGUAGAAAGGCAACAUUCAAUGAUGCCUUAAAGUUUAAGGACAGUGAUCUCAAAGUUUACAAACUUGUAAGGUUAGCCAAUUAAAAAUAUAUGGUGCAUUUAAUUUUAUUUUCAUAGUUGUGAACUGUUUGAUGUUAUAAUUUUAAUUAAAGUUAUCUUGUAAAGUGUUUGAAAACUUAAGAUCACAUGGGCUUGGAGUUGACCUAGAACCUUUGGGCAUGUAAAUAUAGUAAAUAUAUAAAUAUAUAUUUUAAAUUAUGUAUUGCUCUGUAUCAGUGCCCUUUGAUAAAGUGCUGCAGUGCUCCUAGAGUAUGGAGUAUGAAAAUUAAAAAAAUUGAUCAAAUGUAUGACAAGGUGGCAAUAAAUAAAAUGAAAAUUGAAUAUUCACAGUAAAAUUUCUGUUCAAUAAUUAUUGCAAUUAUGUAAUUAUAUGCAUAUAAAUGUAUGUAUUUAUUUCGGGGAUUGCUGGAGUCUUGAAAUGAAACCUUACUUUCGCCCUACCCUAUACUAUACUCCCUGUACAGUUAAUGUGUGUAUAUAAAGGUCUAUGGACUGUAUGACUAAAUAUACAGUCUAUGGCCUUGUCUACCUAACCGUACGUUCUCACUAGCAGCCAAGUUGCUGAUGUCCCCCCACGUUUGUCUGUUGUGGGCGCGCUCGAGGCUGCUCGUGUUG